AUGUCUCACGAUAGCGUUUGGAACUCCCGCCCCCGCACCUACGGCAAGGGCGCGCGGUCGUGCCGUGUCUGCACCCACCGUGCCGGUCUGAUCCGCAAGUACGGCCUCGACAUCUGCCGUCAGUGCUUCCGUGAGAAGGCUGCCGACAUUGGCUUCGUCAAGCACCGUUAA